AUGGAUGCAGGCAACAUAGAGAGAAUAUUCCUGGACAGUUUUGAAUCCACCUUAAAGGUCGCUGCAGAUUAUGGUGGAGUUGCUAAAGUCUAUGUUUUCUUUGGAGAGGAGUGUCUAUUCGUAUCAGACCCACGCGCGCUUCAUCAUAUGCUUGUCAAGGAGCCACAUAUAUUUGAGGAAAAUGAUACCUUCAUAGAGGGAACAGCACCGAAAGCAGCGCAAAAUGCUCAAUCCAGUGUUCUCCAUAUCCAACUGAGGGAGCUUCUGCCCGUUAUUCAAAACAUUUCCCACCAGCUAAAAUCCAUCCUCGUGUCAAAUAUCCCUACCGACACUGCAUUGGACUCAAGAAAUGAGAGCGAGUACACAGCGGCGCUACGAAUGCUAGGUCUAUACAUCAGUAAAACCGCGUUAUUUCGACCCUUCGUUCCACUAUUUAUGCGCAAUUUCUCUCCUUACUGGCGCCGAAAAAUUGCAGACUGGCUCACGAUAAGUUGGUUGCCGACGCAAACCAUGCGAGAUUUUAGAGAGCUACGCCGCAUCGUCGAAGUCACGGACGCAAGCAGUAGAAGUAUUUUCCAACAGAAGAAGGCUGCACUGGAGAUACCUUCCCCUACCCCGUCGCGGUCCCAUGACACGUCGGGAGGAACGAGGGGAAAGGAUAUCAUGUCAAUCAUGAUCAAGGCAAACGCCUCGUCAUCCGAGGCAGAUAGACUGAGCGAUGCCGAGCUUCUAGGGCAGAUGAAGUCAGUUGUGCAUUAUGAUUUUGCUGGUGUCGAUACCACGACGGCUGCAGUGGCUCGUGCAUUGUAUAUGCUUGCGAAGCAUCCUCAUAUUCAGGAACAGCUGAGAGCGGAGAUCCGUGAUGCUAUGACUGCAUGUGAAGCCUCUGACGUUGACCAUUCGCACGCCAAAGAUGAAGGCGGAUCCGCCAGACUGUCAUACGAUGCAUUGAUGGGUCUUCCUUUCCUAGACGCGGUUGUUCGAGAGACGCUGAGGCUCUAUCCAUCACUUCCUGUCCUCACUCGAAGCUGUCUGGGGCGAGGAUGCGUCGGAAUGGAAACCCGAACGAUGGCUCGAUUUGACUCGAGGAUGACCUUCCUUGCGGGCAAUCGUGCUUGCAUAGGCUUCAAAUUUGCCGAAAUGGAAAUGAUGACGAGCGCUCUCUGCCAGAGGAUGUACUGGCUACUCUUGUGCGAGGACAUCCAUUUCUCCAUGCCGUCAGAACCGGACGAAAACGGGCACGUGAAGGAUAUCUAUUGGAACAUGAGUGGUUUCCACAUUCCAGUGGUUAAGGCGCCUGCAGGAGAUGGGGAAACACCUCAGCUCCCUUUGUGCAUGCGAACUGGUCCGGGAAUGAUUCUAAUGUUGUGCUAUUUAUUGCCGGGAUUGUUGGUUUCAUUCUAUUUGCACAUCUCGUACGACGUCGACGGGACAUAUAUGCUUUUCUUGGACUGCUGUUGUGAAUAA